GCUUGCAGUUCGUCAUGCAACGGCUUGAAGGUCUCUUGGCCAAGCUGUUAUGCCUCCACUUGACGUUGGCUAUUUUCCUCCAUUCACUUGGCGGUGUCGAGAGCAGGUCAUUAGGCCAGGCAGCCAGAUCGAUACAAAUAAUUAAGAACAUCGAGGAUGAGCCCAUACCGAUGACAUAUCAAUUCAUCACCGAUCACCAUCAGCCAACCACAUUGGGUCAAAAUUAUUAUAUCAAGCCGGGUCAAUUGGUGGGCUCAUUCAAUCUGGAUUCAGGUAUUCUGAAUGUAAGGCAUCAGAGUGAUGGCAAGAAACCAAUUAAAAAUAAACACAAUAUUCUAUUUGUGGCCUAUGGGCUUAAAAAUAAUAAGCCAAAGGAUAUAAGUUAA